GUGGGCAUCGCUCAUCAGGGGCCCCACGGUGCCCCAGGAAAGCUCCAAAACAUCCAAAGUGGCUGAUGCGCUCCAGAGAGCCAACAGUUUCCAGUCCACGGCGUUAAAUAAGUAUCAGAAUUGGAGGAGAAAAAUCCAAACGAGCUUUCCUCUGCUGUCAAGCAAGAAACCUGGGCCACACGGGAAGGAGAGCUCAGGGAGCUGCCAGGGUGGUGCUGCAGAGGAGCACUGCCAGACACAGUUGGCUUCUUACAAGAAAUCACCAGAAAUUCCAAGAGGACAUUUCAAACCCUGCAGCCCGGUGUUUCAAAGAAAAGAAAAAGCCAGGGAGAUGCCUGAAGACACCCAUUGCUGUGUUCCCCACUGUCCCUUUCAGAGCAGCACCAUGGGCUCUCCACAGAGCCCUGCCAGGAAUCAGACACUGGCUGCUGAUUUUCCUGAGCCUGAAGACACAGACAGUGACAGCUCAGCCUGGGACUGGAAGGAAAAAACAUGGAAAUACACCUUUGAACCAGAGCACCUUAACAGGGAGACAAACACACUGUCAUCUCUGGACUUGAAAGAGAAAGAUGGCAAAGCCAGCAGGCACCCAGAAGAGGAGUUUGAGCAAGAAUUUAAGGAGGCAAAACAGAGGCAGCAGCCCCUGUGUGGCUCAGACAGGCCAGAGCCAGGAGGGAGCAGCGCAGGCUGGGCAAAGAGCAGAGCCCCCAUGGCUCUGCACAAAAGGGAUGCUGCCUGGACAAAAGAAGCAUUCAAACGCCCUGGCUGCCCUGGACAGCUGCCCCUAUUUGCAGAUGGUUCUCCACCAGCUUCAUCAGUGCACACCAAGGGUGCUCUGAGGGCUCCAGAUGUGGUGUCCAGGGAGCAUGCAGCCACCCAGCCAAAGUCCCCACUGAGGCUCAUAGCCAAUGCCAUCAGAAGGUCAAUUUGGGAGCCUCUGACCUCAGCUCCAGAAGGAUUAAAGCAGGACUUGGACAGCAAAGUCAAAGCCUCCUCAGAACAAGCCUUCUUCAGCUUCCCCAGCGCUCCUGGGUAUUCCCUGAGCCAAAGGAACAGGAACAACAAUAACACUCAGUCACAGCAUCCUAAAAUAAGGGAGUGGGCAGGAAAAUAUGUAGGAGAUGGGAGCCCUUACUCAAAUCAGUCUCAUUAUUCUGUGGGUUCAGAAGGGAUAUCUCUAAUGGACUCCAGGGAGGAGGUAUCCUUCACACCCCACAGGCCCUCCAGGACAGCCCAUAUACCUCAGAAACCAGCUUGCACUAGGAUGGAGGAGGUCCCAGGACUCCUAGAAAAGUUCACCUUUGAGGACAGUCCUCUGGGGACUCCCAUGGAUGAAAUAUGUGUCUGUAAGAAGUCCACUCCCCUUUCAUCUGCAGAGCCCAAGGACAGUCUGGGUGACUGUGCACAGAAAGGGUCACUCUUCAACAGACUGAGAAGCAAAGCUCAUGAGAGGGAACGGAAUUCCUUGGUGUCAUCUCUGCCUGUCCUUAAGGACCAUUCUCCAGAGAGGUUGUGCUAUCCUUUCACAGGAUAUAAACACAUACCUGUCAGAAAACAAGCUGCUGACUAUUCUACUUCAUCCUCUGAUGAGGAGUUUGAAUCCAAGACUUCAUUAACACACAAGGCAAAAAAGGCUCUCAGAAAGAGAAGGAAGCUGGAGAAGGAGACAAAGCAGUUGAUUAAACAAGAGGAGCUGAAGAGGCUUCACAAAGCACAGGCAAUCCAGCGCCAGCUAGAAGAGCUGGAGGAAAGACAAAGAACUUUGGAGAUUUUUGGAGUCGAACUGGAGAGAGAACUGAGAGGAGAAGCAGAUUCAGGCACAAAGGAUGAAAAUCAGAUGCUACAUGAAUGGUUUGAGCUGGUCAUGGAGAAGAAUAAAUUAAUGCGUUAUGAGUCUGAGCUCCUGAUUAUAGCCCAAGAGCUAGAAUUGGAGGACCACCAAAGCAGGCUGGAGCAAAAGCUGAGAGAGAAAAUGGCCAUUGAUGACAGCCUUAAAGAUGAGAUGGAUCUGAACGAGGAGGAUGAAAUUUUUACCGAGAUGAUGAAAGUGGUUGAAGAAAGGGACAGACUCGUAUGUGCCUUAGAAGAGCAGAGAGUGAAAGAAAGAGCAGAAGACCAGCACUUUGAAAGCCUUAUUUUAUCUACAGGUUAUCAGCUGAGCAGGAUUUAAACAGCCACAUGCAAAUAAACAUCCUUUCAGCAGUAUUCCCUGUCACGGAGAUCCGCUCUUCUGGAAAAUGAAGGAAUUCAAAUUUUAAAUCAACUUAUUUGGGAAGCACGUCAUUUUGUUAUCAAAAGCUUCAAGGCAGGUCUUUUGCUUAGACCAGAGACAGUCAUUUCACUGUGAGCUCAAAGGACCACUGGGAUCCAGGUUUGGACUGAAUGUGUCUGUCUGACAGGCACCAGGGCCAGUGAAAGGGAAAUCAGAGCUCCAUUAUGCUCUUGGAAUUUUAUUUUAAUGCUGAGAGUAGAGUUUCUGAGGAACAUGAUGACAUCAUUUAGUAUUUCUGAGACAGCCUUACUCUCCAUCUGUUAGUCUGAAUCUCUGUGUGGCUUUGUUAAUAUUUUGGCACAGCCAAGCCGUGGCCAACUAGAGAAAAGUCAGAAAACAAGCAUCUCAUAAAAAUAGGGUUAGUCUUUAUUUCUGGUGGAGGAAGAGUCAUUUGACUAAUAACUACAUAUGAGCACUUGCUGAAACUACUGUAAAUGCAAUGCCAGAAAUUAAUUUUUCAGGUAUUUAUAAGUUUUAUUGCACUGUGUAUUUUUGAACAAGAAGUUAAAGCAUUAUUAAAUGCCUGUGUUUUGUAAAAGGGUAAGGGAUUAUCAAAGGGGUGACUAUCCUUACAGCUGUUACAUGCACAAAAAAGUUUCUGUAUAUCAGAGACUAAGGUCUUUCAAAUCAGAAAAAAAGAUAAUUUAAAAAUAGUAAUUCAGUCCCAAUUGGACUAUAGGGCAGACUUUAGUAGGGCAUACUUUAAAAUUUCUUCACAAAACACAUCACAAAUUGUACUGUUGGGUGUAAUAAAUGUUAUAGUAGUUAAAGCCUUCCCUGACAACCAUCCCAUAAAAGGACUACAAAAAAUGUUGAGUUUUUAGUAUCAACAUUUGAUAGAAAAUAUUGUGAGUGUAUUUCAAUUACAUUUAUCCUGCUGCUUGAGAAUAUAUAUUUUUUGCUUAAAGGGACCAUCUCCUAUCUUUUUUGUACAUGCAUUUGUAGAUAUUGGUAAAAAGGCAUGCAGAUAUUCUCCUAAUUUAAGUAACUUCUUAAAUCUGAGAUAAUUCUGCCAAUUUAAGAUUGGUAAUAUUCCCAACUGUAUGUGUGAUACAGUAGAUUUUCAAACUGGAAAAAACAAGAGGAAACUGAAAGACUGUUUUUUGAAUAUCAUUUUACCUCAUGCUUUGAGAAGAUUUGAUGUUCUCAUUAUUUUGUGAAUGGUGCUAAUUUGCAGCAUCUGCCUGUGGUACAGCCAAAGAUAGAAGCAUUCCUAUUAAAAAAAGCUUUAAACUGAAAAACCUCUUGGUGGGUACUGGUAAAGUAACAGACACACUGGAUCUUGUCACAAUAAUUUCAGAGUUGUCUUUAGGGUUGGUUUGGUUUUGUUUUUGUUUUUCCUUCUUUAUUGCAAGAAAUUUGAAAUAUCCUUUCUAAAGGUAAAAGCAAGUUUUUGCUAUUGGUCACAGAUAAAUAAUAUACCUCUGUUGGUGCAAGCUUUAUGCUAUUGCUCUGCAAUAUUUAUUUAUAUCUAUUUAUUAGACUGUUUGGAGAGGGUAAGAGUGUCUGGUUGCAUCUUACAGUUUGGAUGUUGUCUCUGAUUUUGACUGAAAAAUGUGUAUUUCUAACAGCUGUGUACAGCAAAACUGUGCCUUGUAGAGCAGACAGCUUUAUAAGUUUGGUACAUAAUUAGCAUUAAAAUAUGAAUUAAGAUUUUAAACAGUGUUCUCAGUGACUGUAACUUGAAGGGAUACCCUUAAAAUGUAACAUUCAGGGCUUUAACAUGCAAUUUGUCUUCCACUACAGUGAAAAGAUAUGGAAGAAAUACUUAAAUGUUUUCCAAAAUUUACCACCAGACUUUUUCCCCCUCUCAUUCAUAGGCUAAGCAUACCUGAUCUUCAGAUGACAUUUUUACUGAGAUGGAUUGCAGUGAUGGAUUCUUUAAACUAACUCUAUUACUUAAGACUGACACAAAGUAGGAGAGGCAGAGCAGCAACAAAUAUUUUCAUUUUCUCUGUUGAGAUCUGCUGGUAUUUCCAGUUUGGUGGAGAAAAUUUCUGGGUUUUAUCACUGUCCCCAAUCCUCCCUCAUGCAGUCCUGUAGAAAAAGACCGUCUAGGAAAUGUCACAGUCUUCUGUGAAAAUCAUAAUGAUUUCAAGGUAUUUUUCAAAAGUUUGAAAGCAAAAUUCUUAGAGCUUUGCAAAGGAGGAGAAUUCUGCAGAAAUCUCCAGUUACAUCAAAGAUUGGUUUUCUCACCUCACUUUUACAAUUAAGAAGUCCCAUUCACAUUAGUCUUGCUGCUGCAAACAUGCCCUGAGAUUUCAGUUUACAGCAGAUAGAUAGAUUCCUGUUCAGCUAUAAAACCAAACUCGAAAGGGUGCUUUCCCUUGAGCUUCAAAGAUUUGCACUCUUGAGAGUAUCAGAGUCUGCAGGAGCUGAGGGCCAUCAGAACUUUAUGGACAUCAAAAACAUUCUUUGCUAAAGAAGCACUUUUCUAGAUGCCCUGUGGUGGUUACACGUGUUCCACCCAAAACUGUCUGCUCUUGGGUGGAAAAACCUGUCAGGCUACUGCUGCCCUGCCUGAUAUCGAGUACCUCACAAGAUCAGACCCAAAAAUAAACUGUGCAAGUGAUUUGGAAAAUCAUAAACUCCUAAGUCGUUUAAAGCAGGUCUUUGUGUAUUGUGAGAGUAGAGAAGGGGGUUAAAAAAAGGAGAAGCUAUGUGCACUGUUGCCAGGUCAAUUUAUUGUGGCUGGCUUCUACUAGAAAUGUAUUUAAACACUGGUUUGGUUAUCAGUUUUCUUGCUGCUCAAUCUUUUCUGUAACUUGGCUCCCUAAUUUAUAAUAGAUUUGUUCAUUUUUAAGUUGAUGGCACUGUCAUUUUGGGGUAUAGCACUGUCAUUUUGGGGUAUAAUGUGAUGUGCUGGAAUGUACUGAGUGUGUCUAAAUGGGCUGGUUGUGAGAAAUUAUCUAUUUGAAAGAAUAAAA